UGUAGAUUCUUCGACCGUGCUUCUCUGCCUCUGCACCUGAUGAGAGUUCACCCACGAGUGACGUCUAUCGCGAGCAUUGGUCAGCUUACUUUCGCAGGGCCUCGAUUCCACGUCGCUGGAUGGCAUCUUGUCAGCUGCUGCUCCGCAUCGGGAAGCGACAAUGUUCAUACAACACUCGCGACAUACGCAAGUAGUUCAAUAGGUCGUGAUGGAAAGCUGGCAAUGCCUCGCCAUGAGCGAAAGGCUGCACGAAAGUCUAGGUCUUUCAGGAGGAGACAGGCGCCCAUUACCCGAGGUCAGAGGAGAACACUCCGCGAGCUAUGGCCGAAGUACGGGCUAGUCGUGGACUUCGAAAGAAGGUGA